AUGAACGCAGUGGAGGGUUUGGAGCCCAUUCAUGAUUCUGCCGAUACCUUCGUCUUACCACCACCUCCAAGUCCCUCUGCGGAUAAGGGUCUUACCCUUGCAGCUCCCAGCGACAACGGCGACACAACACCCUCCUCGCCGUCGAGCCUCGAUGUAUUUACACUCACCCCGGUGACGGCUCUGAAACUGUUAUGCGGGGGAAUCGAGGCAUUAGUCCGGAUCACGGGAGAUGUUCCUCCGACCCCCCCUCCGGCGUUCUCGACACCACCUAAUAUGCGAGGCAUGCAGGCGGAGAAAGAGAACAUUGUGAAAAGCAACUCAUAUACAAACCUGGCCAGUCUGCGCUCGACGAUGCUGUCAAACUCGAGCCCGGGCGAGGAAGAUAUCGAUGGGGUGACCUUGAGGAAAGCCCCGAUGGCCAGUCCUGCUCUAACUCCCAUGGAACCAUAUAUCAUCAUUGGGGACAAUGCCGAACCCUUGAAUGUUCAGCACAGUGCCAUCACACGCAAAUUUUAUUCGAAACAUCCGCCCGCGAUCUCCCUGGACGAUUAUCUUAUGCGGAUACACAAAUUCUGCCCCAUGUCUACGGCAGUCUAUCUUGCGACAAGCUUUUACAUACACAGACUAGCAGUCGAUGAACGCGCCAUUCCAGUUACCCGUCGCAAUUGUCACCGACUGAUAUUGGCAGGUCUUCGCGUGGCUAUGAAAGCCCACGAGGAUCUCAGCUAUUCACAUUCGCGAUUUGCAAGAGUUGGAGGUGUCAGUGAAAAUGAGCUAGGGCGAUUGGAGAUCGGGUUCUGUUUUCUGACCAACUUUGAAUUCAAGACUAGCAAGGAUAUACUUCUACAACAUGCCAUUAGCCUCAAGGAGAUAUCUUCUCUACAGGGUUCGAUGAAUUUCGUCCCGAGACUGCCUUUGAAGAGCAAGACGAAGCCAAACCCCGCUCAAGAAACGGUGGUGGAGUUGAAAUUGGAUGUAUUGACCAGGGGAAAACGGAGACGGGAAUCAGUCGAAGAAGACACAAGCGUCGGCAACGCUGGGAGUUAG